AUGGCCCCCCAGGCAAUCAUCGCACCGUCCAUCCUGUCUGCCGACUUUGGCAAUCUGGGCGAGGAAUGCUCCAAGACCAUCAGGCAAGGUGCCGAUUGGCUUCAUGUUGACAUUAUGGAUGGCCACUUUGUGCCCAACAUCACCUUUGGCCCGCCCGUGGUGGCCAAGAUCCGGGGCCACGUCGACAGGCCUGAGGCGGCGCACGGCAAGGGCACGUUUGACUGCCACAUGAUGAUCGCGGAGCCCAAGAAGUGGGUCAAGGAGUUCAAGGCGGCCGGGUGCGACCUGUACUGCUUCCACUACGAGGCUGCCUUUAGCAGCGCGGCCGAGGAGCCGUCGGGCAAGACGGACGCCCGGACGAGCCCGCGCGAGCUGGUCCGCUACAUCCACGACCAGGGCCUGCUGGCCGGCGUCGCCAUCAAGCCCGCCACGCCGGCCGACGUGCUGUACGAGCUGCUCGACUCGCCCGACGCCGCCGACCGUCCCGACAUGGUGCUCGUCAUGACGGUCGAGCCCGGCUUCGGCGGCCAGAAGUUCAUGGCCAGCGAGCUGCCCAAGGUCCAGGCUUUGCGUCAGAGGUACCCUGAGCUCAACAUCGAAGUCGACGGCGGUCUGGGCCCCGGCACGAUCGACCAGGCUGCCGAUGCGGGCGCCAACGUCAUCGUCGCUGGCAGUGCCGUCUUUGGGGCCAAGGACCCGGCAGAGGUCAUCCAGGUCCUGAGGGAGUCAGUGCAGAAGCGCGCUGGAAAGAUCUGA